AAAAAUUUCCAAUUUGCUUGACAAUUUGACAUCAACAACAGGCAAUUAGUUGUACUACAGUUUUGUUUACGUUUAAAAGAACUGCCUUUUUCUAUAAAUUUUCGAAAGAAUAAUCGUAAAAUGAUGAUGCCCAAUCGGGUUGGAAUGACACCCUCCGUUCAAGAAAAUCCUUUACUUGUAUCAUGGUACGAUUCAGCAUGGAUUCCAAUUUUAAAUACAUCAAACGUAAUGGAUUAUUUUUCGGCGAGUACAUUUUUCGAUCGAACAUGUAAUAAUGAAAUUAUUAAAAUGCAAAGGCUUAAUCCGGAACAAUUGAAUAAUAUGACUGGUUUGGAGUAUAUUUUACUUCAUGUUCAAGAACCAAUUUUAUAUGUAAUUCGUAAACAAUAUCGGCAUAGUCCAACUCAAGCUACUCCACAAGCGGAUUACUAUAUAAUUGCAGGUGUUAUUCAUCAAGCACCUGAUUUAGCUAGUGUGAUUAAUUCAAGACUUCUUUCGGCCGUACAUCAUUUACAAUCUUCAUUUGAAGAAGCUUCAAGUUUUUCACGUUAUCAUCCAACAAAAGGUUAUUCAUGGGACUUUAAAACACAAAGAUUGGGUGCUGAAAAAACUCCAAAACCAAAAGAAAUAGAAAAACCUCGAGAAGAACCAAGUUCUGUAUUUCAACGACAAAGGGUUGAUAUGCUUCUUGGUGAAUUAUUACGAAAAUUUCCAAUUCCUUUCCCACAACAGAAAGUUGCUACACCAGCACCAUCUAUUAAAACUGAACCAGAUACAACGAGUACAACGGAUACUAAAGAAACGAAAAUUGAGAUUAAACAAGAGAAAGGAAUGAAACCGCCUCCAGAGAAAAAAAUGAAAACUAGUUAAAU